CAGAGACCCAAGAUUUCUUUUCCUGGCUCUGCCAAGCAAAUUGUCUGUAGGGAGAGACCCGACUGGGAAAGGAGAGAGGGGAAGACUCUAAUAAAGUCCCCUAGAUACCUCCAUUAGAGUAGGAAAGCCUUGCUUCUAUGUGGGGCUGUAUCCCUGAAGCCCUUGGUCCUAAGGUUCCUUUAAGUACUUUGUCCCUUACCUGAGUCCCUCCCAGAGCAGGUAAUCAGUAGCCCCGCCCCCUGCUAGAAGCCAGGAUUGGGCCUAGUUACGGAGGUGAAGCACCCCUCCUCCUCCCUCUCCCCUCCCCUCUCCCCUACCCUUUUUCACAGCUGGUUACUGCUGACCCAGGGGGGUCUUCAUUAAAGAAGAGAGGCAGGGCUCCCAGGUCUGGGCAGAGUCCAGGCAGGGGGUCCUUGCCUCAGAACUCUGCUGAGGCAUCUGUCGUUUGCGAGUCCACACAAUAUGAGGGGCCAUCCUUCCCUGCUCUUAGUCUAUAUGGGAUUGGCCACCUGCCUGGACACCUUACCUCAUGGAGAGCAGAACCAAGUUCUUGACAUCUUCCUGGAUCCCCCGGAUGCCCAGAGUUUCCUAGUUGGCCACAGGCGGAUUCCUCGGGCUAACCACUGGGACCUGGAGUUGCUGACCCCCGGAAACCUGGAACGAGAGUGCCAAGAGGAGAGGUGUUCCUGGGAGGAGGCCCGGGAAUACUUUGAGGACAACACACUGACGGAACGCUUCUGGGAAAGCUAUACCUACAAUGGCAAGGGAGGGCGUGGACGAGUAGAUGUCGCAGGCCUGGCGGUGGGACUGACCUCUGGGAUCCUGCUCAUCGUGUUGGCUGGCUUGGGGGCCUUUUGGUAUCUGCACUACAGACGUCGGCGCCGACUCAGAGUCCGGGAGUCCUGUCAGCAAGAGACAGGGCUCAUCAGCCCCCUGAGUCCCCCGACGCCCUUGUCUCCACCCUUACCCCCAGGCCUCCCUACCUACGAGCAGGCGCUAGCAGCCUCUGGGGUGCACGACGCCCCUCCACCCCCUUACUCCAGAUUCCGGAAGUCGCUGGGCCUCUUCGACUCCCUGGCUUCAGUGUGUGCGUGGGAGAGUCAGGGUCGUCGGACCCGACGUCUAUCACGACACACGUGUUUCCGCCGCGCACGGAUACACGCAUGUCCCUGACCAUCAUGUUGCCGAGUCCGUGCCCCUGCUCCUCGCACCCGCCCUUCCUGAGCACCGGCCCUGAAACUCGGACAAGACGUGACUUGACUGUCGCCUCACCGUGUCGCGGGGAGCGUACACGCAGAGAAGCAGGCCCGUGCACACGCCCGUCUUCGUGUAUUUCCCCACAUGGGCGGUUCGUAAUCCAGCAUAAAGGUGGAGGGCGCAUUUGCUAUGUGCUGGAAAAGGUGUCACGCUUGUGUUGCACCCGGGGAAAUGGAGUUGAGCUGAACUGCUAUCUACCUAAAAACCUUUUGGAAAAGGAAGAAAUUUAAAAAGGAAGAGAAAGAACCCCCCCGCCACACACA